AUGUCCGCGGCCGCCUACAUGGACUUCGUGGCUGCCCAGUGUCUGGUUUCCAUCUCCAACCGCGCCGCGGUUCCAGAGCAUGGGGACGCUCCGGACGCCGAGCGGCUGCGACUACCUGAGCGCGAGGUGACCAAGGAACACGGUGACCCGGGGGACACCUGGAAGGAUUAUUGCACACUGGUCACCAUCGCCAAGAGCUUGUUGGACCUGAACAAGUACCGACCCAUCCAGACCCCCUCGGUGUGCAGCGACAGUCUGGAGAGUCCCGAUGAGGAUAUAGGAUCCGACAGCGACGUGACCACCGAAUCUGGGUCGAGUCCUUCCCACAGCCCGGAGGAGAGACAGGAUUCUGGCAGCGCGCCCAGCCCGCUCUCCCUCCUCCACUCUGGAGUGGCUUCGAAGGGGAAACACGCCUCCGAAAAGAGGCACAAGUGCCCCUACAGUGGCUGUGGGAAAGUCUAUGGAAAAUCCUCCCAUCUUAAAGCCCAUUACAGAGUGCAUACAGGUGAACGGCCCUUUCCCUGCACGUGGCCAGACUGCCUUAAAAAGUUCUCGCGCUCGGAUGAGCUGACCCGCCACUACCGGACCCACACCGGCGAAAAGCAGUUUCGUUGCCCGCUGUGUGAGAAGAGAUUCAUGAGGAGUGACCAUCUCACCAAGCAUGCCCGGCGUCACACCGAGUUCCACCCCAGCAUGAUCAAGCGAUCAAAAAAGGCUCUUGCCAGCCCCUUGUGAGGUGCUCCCCUUGGCAACCAGGCAGAGAUGGUCACUGGAAGGACAGAGCUCCCAGGAAACAGACGGACACAUGGAAACAAGCCCCAGCAGAGGCACGCUGGCCACAGGAGGUCACUGCUCUUGGGUCAAUAUUCUGAUACUCAACUCUCCCUGCACUGUUUCCAAAAAGCACAUGGUAGCCUAAGAUCAAAGUCAACAUUUGGGUCCCUUGCAAGGCAACUCGGAGCCGUCUCUGACUGUUGGAGGGCAGGCAAAUGCUUUUGGUAUUUUCUCCUUUGUUUUGGGGGGUGGGGGGGAUGGGGGCAAGGCCAAGACUCGGGGUAGGAGUUUGAAGAUUCGCAGUGGUGUACAUAUGUCUGACUGGGUGAGUUGACCCCUGGCCUCCCACAGUGACUCUGGAUCCUUGAUGCUUGCUGACUCUCAGAAUUGUUUUCUUCUCUUUUAAUGUAAUGACCAGUGUGCUUCAGUUUGUUUAGCAGAACCACUCUCUUGAAUCAUGUUAACUUUUGAGAUUUAAAAAAAAAAAAAAACCCCUCCAUAGCACAGCUGUCUUUUAUGCAAGCAAGAGCA